UUUAAUGGAGUGGCAUUCGAGAAUUUUCUAAUUUCUCAUAUUUGAUUGAGCUCUGGAUUCAUUCUGAAUACAAUUUCACCAGUUUUCACAAAUAUUAAAUCAUCUUUUUGAUCAUUAAAUGCUCCGCCUGGCUUGAUAAACAAAAGAUUUUGCGAUCUUUUAAAAAUUUAAACUCGUAUUUCAUCAUUUCUAUUCUUUAGUAUAGGAUUCCGAAACAUAUGUUCGGCAAAUAGCCAAGAUGUCGGUACAGAAAACGAUACAGCUGGUAGCUCGUCUGCCACCAAGCAACAACGUCAUCAACAUCGGCGGUGUGGACGCCAUGACGAAUCGGCAAUACGUCAUAUCCCGGGUGGUCAGACCCUCCUUCGUUGUGGAGAACAGCAUGGCCGCCCUACACCAGCAACAACUUCAAACUCAUCAUAAAUCAGUUCUUCUCGACUCUGACGAGUCGUCGGACUAUGAGUCCGUGUCGUCCGGUGGGGAUGGAGUCAGGAAGAGGAAGAGGCUGACGAACUUGUCUCACGAGGAAAAAAUUAUGAGAAGAAAGCUGAAGAACCGAGUGGCAGCCCAAACAGCAAGAGACAGAAAGAAGCAGAGAAUGACAGAGCUGGAGAUUGCCAUUGUGGCUCUUCAGGAGCAGAACAAACAGCUAGAAACUGAGAAUUCAGCUCUCAAAAAUUGCACUGAAGCUCUACUAAAAGAGAACAAGCAGCUCAAAUUACAGCUGACUAAGAGAAAUAGUAACAAAGACAAAGUUGGUGACAUCACUGACGUCAUAAAUAACAACGCUUCCACUGAUAACGUGGUUUGCAAGAGCGAAAAUGUCGACGACUCAAAUUCAAACGCCAAACACCAUCACGUCAUUCAUGUAACCAAAAAACAGUUGCGCCCGUCAAACUCAAUAGUUUCCACAAAAAAUGUCAAAAAGUCUGCUACUACGAAUGAUAGUUAUAACAAUGACGAUGAUGGUACAAAUGCCAGUACUACGAAUGAUUAUACUACUACUAUAAACACCACAAAUGAAAUUGAAAUCAGCACAUUACCAGAGUUACCUUCCAGUACAGACGACAUCAAACUUGAGUACCUGAUUGACGGAGUCAAAAUGUACACCACGGCUUCAGAAGUCUCGCAUGAAAAUGACCUCAUGUCGCAGUUGCCUUCUACUCCAUCCAACGUUGGUGAAAUCCAAGUGGCAGAUGAUGUUUCCCUCGAUGAGGACGUUGAUGUUGUCAGUGGUGGUGGUGAAUGCCUCAUCAGGGAUGGAACGUUUGUGGUCAGCAGCAGCAGCAACAACAAGACUGAUAGUCAGAUCGUUAAUGAUGCAAGCGUCAUUGGCACGAGUAACAAAAACGGAAAAAUUGUAGUCAUUUGUUGCACAAACAAUAGCAGCAGCCAUAACAACAACAUUAACGAUUCUCAGAACAACACAUUAUUCACAUUAAACAACAAUAGCAACAUAACUUUGCUGCCGAAACUACCUCCAAAACAACUACAAAUCAUAUCAUCAUCCUAAGCAACAACAACAACAACUCAGAAAAACUUACAAUUCAUGCCUAAGAACCGAGUAAAUGUAAGGACAACAGAAUCUUUAUAACCAUUAAAAAAAAGGGCCUGAUUAACUGCCCCAUGCACCGCAACGCACACCCACGGGUCUGCAACAACAACAACAAGGUCGCGAAAGAUCGCAGAUCGCAUGUCGCAUCUGCAACAGCGCCGGCAGAAGCAACAGCAGCUGACACAGUGUCAAGAGAGGAGGCAGAAGCAUUUGAAAAUUCGCACCUCUCUACUGAAAAAGUGGUGGGGCCGUCGGUCGAAGAGCUGGAAUCAAUUAGGGAAUUCAUGACAUUCGACGACGACAACCGGAUGAUGUACGAUGGUGAAGGGACUUCCAUAAGCUCACACAACAACACCAAUGACAUUAAUAAAUACAACACCAAUGACACCAACAACAACUGCAAUGAUGAUAUUGAGAGUAUACUGCUAGCUAGCUCCGACGUAGAGAUGGUAAAACUGAGAGAUGACAUUUUACACCAAAACAGCAAUGAUAUCGCUAAUGAGGGUUUAAACUUUAAGGUUAAGAAAGAGGAGGCACUAGAUUUUGAGGCUUGUUUCGAUGAGUUUGAAGAUUUUCUAAGUAACAUUGAUGUCGGCGGUGACAGUAACUCUAAAAUGAUAUUCGAUGACAUUAAUAAAGAUGACAGCAUUAAUCCCAAUCUUAACUCUAAAUCUGUCUUCCAUCUCUACCCACAUCUGUCAUCUUCAGCGACAGUCGACUCUGCCUCUAUCCAAGACAACAACUUUACCACCGCUUCAACUUCUACUGCUUCUUCUACUGCUACUACUACUACUACUACU